GCCAGCCAACCAGAAUUUUGGUAUAUCGAUAUAGCAUUCGUUAAAGUCGGUUAUGCUGGAUCUAAUUUUCCACAGCAUGUAUUCCCUUCCGUUGUUGGACGACCUAUUCUUCGUGCAGAGGAAAAGGUUGGAAACUUGGAGGUCAAAAAUAUUAUGGUUGGUGAUGAAGCUGCUGAACUUCGUUCGAUGCUUCAAAUGUCAUAUCCAAUGGAAAAUGGUAUCAUAAAGAUAUGGGAGGACAUGAAACACUUAUGGGAUUAUACCUUCAAUGAAAAAUUAAAAGUUAAUCCUAAGGAUUGUAAAAUUUUAUUGACCGAACCGCCAAUGAAUCCAACAAGUAAUAGGCAGGAAAUGGUACGAUUAAUGUUUGAAGAGUAUGGGUUCCAAGGAGUUUAUGUUUCUAUUCAGGCCGUAUUAACGCUUUAUGCCCAAGGUCUUCUUACCGGGGUAGUUGUCGACUCUGGUGAUGGUGUAACUCAUAUUGUUCCCAUUUUCGACGGUUAUGCACUCCCACAUCAAACACGUCGAUUAGAUGUUGCUGGACGAGAUGUGACGCGUUAUCUUAUAAAAUUGCUUUUACUGAGAGGUUACGCUUUUAAUCGAACAGCAGAUUUUGAGACUGUAAGACAAAUUAAGGAAAAGCUUUGUUAUGUAAGUUAUGAUAUUCCAUUGGACCAAAAAUUGGCAAACGAAACUACAGUACUCGUCGAGAAUUAUACGUUGCCUGAUGGUCGUGUUAUCAAAGUGGGCUCUGAGCGAUUUGAGGCACCUGAAUGCAUGUUCCAGCCGCAUUUAAUUGAUGUGGAAAAACCCGGUGUUGCGGAAAUGCUUUUCGAAACCAUCCAAGAUGCUGCAGUUGAUAUUCGUCCAGAAUUAUAUCGACAUAUCGUCUUAUCAGGUGGCUCAUCGAUGUAUCCUGGGCUGCCGAGCCGCCUAGAAAAAGAACUUAAGCAAUUAUAUCUAAAAAGGGUUGCACAGGGCGAUCUUUCAAGAUUAAAGAAAUUAAAAAUCCGAAUUGAAGAUCCACCAAGGCGUAAGCAUAUGGUAUUUCUUGGCGGUGCAGUUUUAGCUAAUAUAAUGAAGGAUAAACAGUCUUGGUGGGUUACUAAACAAGAAUGGGAGGAAGAAGGUGUAAAAUGUCUGGAAAAACUAGGAACUCACGGAUCA